UGUGAACCAUUUCAAAUCACGAGUUUUAGAUUAAGUAUGCUCAUGAAUAAUUCAGCAACGGAGGUAUAGGAAAUGGGCGUGGUUCAAUGAAUAAUAAUUAGCGCCGCCCCCUCAUGUUUAUUAAUUGGGUUUAUUUGACAGCCGUGCGCUUCAGUCCCACGAUGGCGUCUCAUCAAAUCAGGAUGGGCUUUUUCUACCGCCUUCUGUACCGGAAUUUAUCUGUCUCCAGUUGUUAUCUUACAUCUUGAUUUCUGUGCUCAAAGACGUCAAAUGUAGGCUAAAUGAAGGACGAGGAAAGCACAGCGCGGUCGCUCCAGAGCGCCGACACGGAGCGGAGAAAUGCAGCCGAUGUGGAGGAUGUCCGUGCGGGCAGCGGAGCGCCGCUCAUCCCGGUGCUGCAUGAAGCGGGAUCCGACCGAGCCCCCGCACCGACAGCCCGAGCGGGAACGGGAAUACGCGUUUUAAAGCGUAACAUGAAGAGGAAUGGCAGUCGAGGCUGCGUGACCCGGAAGACGCGCUUCGGUUCUCGAGAGCGAGACUGGCUGAAGGGCGACGCUCAGCGGGGCUGUGUGUGUCUCUACGGGGCCUCGGAGCCUCAGCCUCUAGCCUCGGGCCCCCAGACCUCCACCAGCACCCAGCCGGACCUGAAGCUGGUGCUCUGCUCCACCAACACCACCGCCGAGGAGCUAUGUGCUCAGAGAGACGUGCAGGGUCUCUAUCUGCAGCUGCACGGAGACCUAAUCAGGAGGCUGGACCCCUCCGAGCGUCCUCUUCAGAUGGUCUAUGACUACCUGACUGCUGUGGGCUAUGAAGAACCGCUCCGUGUCCAGCAGGAAGCCGCCAACUCGGACCUCAGCUGCAUGAUCCGCUUCUACAGUGAGAAACCAGUGAACGCAGACCAGCAGGAGCGGACUCUUCUGAAAGGCGUGUUCAGCGUCAGGAAGGGAAAGACGCAGCUCCAUAAAUGGGCCGAGCGGCAGGUCAUCCUGUGCGGGACGAGUCUGAUUGUGGCCUCUGUCAAGGACAGCCUGACCGGCAAGAUGCACAUCCUACCCCUCGUCGGGGGGAAGGUGGAGGAGGUGAAGCGGAGGCAGCACUGUCUGAUGUUCAGCUCCGCCGGACCGCAGGCUCAGACCUACUACGUUAACUUUGACACGCUGGCCGACUACCAGCGCUGGCACCGGCAGGCUUCUAAAGUGGUGUCUCAGACUAUCAGUCUGGUGGAUUUAUCCUGCUACAGUCUGGAGGAAGUGCCCGAGUAUCUCUUCUACUGCCAGGACGUCACACACCUCAACCUACGGCACAACUUCAUGAGUCUGGACGCCCCUGGAGGACUCGUCAACUUCAACAGAUUUGCCCAGCUGAGGAGCUUGAAUCUUUCUCACAAUGGGCUGGGCGUCUUCCCGGAGUCUCUGUGUGAGAUCCAGACUCUGACGGAGCUCUAUCUGUCCUGCAACGGCCUCAGUGCCGUCCCGGCCCGCCUCGAAAACCUCCAGAGCUUACAGACACUGUGUUUGGAUGGAAAUCGCCUGGAUUCUCUUCCGGAGGAGCUGGGCAGCCUCUCGCAGCUCUGCAGCCUGGGACUCUCCUUCAAUGACUUCCCUCACGUCCCCGGCGUGGUGGAGCGCCUCUGUGCCCUGGACAAGCUGGCGAUGGCGGGGAACAGGGUUCUAUACACCCUACCACUAAAGACUCACACUAAUAACACACAUUAACAGUUAAAUGGCCUCCGCUGUGUUAAAAGCGAAAUUCUGGAGCCUGUGAAACAUCUCACCCAGCUGGACCUGAGAGACAACCAGCUGACGUCUCUGGACCUGAGCUCGGCCUGCAGUCUGGAGACCCUGCAGUGUCAGAGGAACCAGCUGGGAGCCCUGACGCUCAGCGGCUUCACCCUGCGCACACUCCAUGCCAGAGACAACCGUCUGACCACGGUGAACACCUACCCUGUUCCCAGCCAGCUCACACAUAUGGACCUAUCAAGGAAUCUCCUGGAGUACCUGCCGGACUGGGUCUGUGACAGCAGGAAGAUUGAGGUGCUGGACGUCUCCCAUAAUCUGCUGUCUGAGCUCCCGGCCAGACUUCUCAGCAGUCUGAGUCUGCGUAAACUGCUGGCUGGAAACAACAGGCUGGAGAGCCUGGCUGACCUGCUCGACCACAUCCCACUGGAAACACUCGACCUGCAGCACAACAAGUUGCGGGAACUUCCAGAGAGCUUCUUCUACAAAGCCUUAAAUUUAAAGUACUUGAACGUGUCUGCCAAUGCGCUGGAGACGAUCCCGCCGAGCAGCCAAUCAGAGGAGAGCCUCAGCACCCUGCAGGAGCUCUAUCUCACAGGAAACAAGCUGAAUGAGAACUGCGCUGCUCUGCUGGUGGGGCACCAGAACCUGCGGGUCUUGCAUAUGGCUUAUAACCAACUGCAGUCCUUCCCUGCUAGCAAGCUCAGUAAACUGGAGGUCCUGGAGGAGCUGAAUCUGAGUGGGAACAAGCUGAAAACGAUCCCCUCCACCGUGUCCAGCUGCAAGAGACUGCACACGCUCAUCGCCCACUCCAACCAUAUCAGCGUGUUCCCAGAGGUCCUCAGCCUCCCCGAGAUCAAGCUAGUAGAUGUGAGCUGUAAUGAGCAGACAGAAAUCCUGUUGCCGGACUCUCUGCCUUCAACCCUACAAGAGCUGGAUUUGACCGGCAACAGCAACCUCAUGUUAGAGCAUAAAACGCUCAACCUCUUCAGUCACAUCAGUACUUUGAAGCUGGACCAGAAGCCAGCCAUGACAGCAGGAGACGCACAGGGCACGUCCACGCUGUGGGAUCAUGGUUACGCCGAGAUGUGUGGGCAAAGGAACAAGUUGUGUGUGUCUGUGCUGGCUGUGGAUCGCUUCGGGGACAGUCUGGAGGCUGCUUAUGGGAUUUUUGAUGGCGACCGUAAUGAGGAAGUUUCCAGGUUACUGCAGUGCACCAUGGGAGAUGUAUUGGCAGAGGAGAUACAGCACUCCAGUGUGGACAGUGUAUACAUGUGCAACACUUUCCUUACCUCUCAUAGGAAACUUGGCAUGGCAGGCCAGAAGCUUGGUGCCUCUGCUCUGCUCUGUUAUAUUCAUCACGAGUCCUCCGAGCCUGGCCGCUACUUUAGCCUCACUGUGGCCAACGUAGGCACCUGCCAGGCUGUACUGUGUCGUGAUGGGCAACCUCUUGCCCUCUCAAAAGUUUUCAGCCUAGAACAGAGCGCUGAGGAGAUGGAGCGUGUCAAACUGGCAAAAGCUAUUAUCACUGAGGAUAACAAGGUGAGUGGGGUGACAUGCUGCUCACGGUUACUUGGCUGUUCCUACCUGUUUCCUUGGGUGCUUCCCAAACCCUGGGUGCACACAGAGCCUCUGUGUUCUCAGGAUGAGUUCCUGAUCCUAGGAAACAAAGCACUCUUCCAGAAGGUUUCCUACCGGGAGGCAGUGAGCACUGUGCUAGCUGUCAGAGACCCCCGCGCUGCUGCCAAAAAGCUCUGCACACUGGCACAGAGCUAUGGGUGCCGGGAUAAUGUCGGAGCAGUAGUGGUAGCUUUGCAUAUCGGAGAAGACAGCUGUACGUGCGAGCCUCCUCUCUCGAACACAGAAGCCCGAGGACCACCUGCCCCGACACUGUUACCGAUAUCUGUGUCCCCUGGUGACCUAGCCACACCGUCUUCUAGCAGUGGCAUUGCCUCGGAGUUUAACAGCGAGAUGUCAGCUUCGGAAGUAGGCAGCGAGGCUGGGUCCACAGCUUCGGACGAGCACCCCUCUUCAGGACCAACCGCUCGUCCGGAGCGUCGCUGUAGUUUGCAUCCCACUGCUACCUUGUGUAACACGGGGCCACUCGCGAGCCUGGGGCCAGGGGCGCACCCGGCUCUAUUCCAGCGGCAACCUUCCAGCGCCACCUUCUCAAGCAACCAAUCGGACAACGGACUCGACAGCGAUGACGAGGCUCCAUUAGAAGGCGUCAUCUCAAAUGGGAGCAAGCUAGAGGUGGAAGUGGACAUCCACUGCUGUGCUUUUCAGCUCCGCUCCGGACCACCGGAAAGUCCCAAGGACCUGGACGGCCGGCAUGAUUCAAGGGGCUCGGAUUAUACCAACAGCAAAAUGAGGCGGCAAAACAGCGUGGUGGUUUCUGCCACCAACGGCUGCCUGCUGGCUGUAUGUGGCCGAGAGAUCUCAGAUCUGAAGAAGUCUCCUUCAACCUCCAGCCUCUUCGGGAAGAAGCUAUCUAAUGGCUCCGUAGUGGCUCCUGAGGAUAGCCACAAUAUCAUUGAAGUAGCACUCGAGGCCCCAAAAAAGAAAUCUGGAUAUUUUGCCGCACCAGCCCAGCAAGACCCGGAAGACCAGUUAAUUAUACCGCCUAGUCUGGAGCAGGAUGUGCGGGAGCAGCUGAGAGGCCAGAGCCCUGUGGUUCCCGGGCCGCCACCGACUCCUUUAACGCUGCCCUCAGCAAAAGACCCCAACUGGGAGCACACUCAGUCCACCGUCCCUGGUCUCCACCCCACCACCGUCCUGCAACAGGACGUCUACGACACUGCUCUAUAGUGGGUGCAAGAGGACCACACCAUUGGAGCAUCUCUGCAUCAUAGUGCCACAUCAAAGAGGCUAGCACGCUCUUCCUGCCUUCGAGAUAAUCCAAGUUCUUAUUUAGCGUCAUCACGUGUGGGUCCCUGCAUGUGCAUUCUUGGGCUGAUCUGCAGUGGCGUAGCCACAUCCAAGUCAAGGACGGAAGGAUGGAAAUGGGUGAAAAUGUCAGGACCGAUGAAAUCUUGAAGAUUGAGGUCUCAGAUUGUGGAAAAACAUGGGCUAUUCCUGACCAAAAAACCACAGCAUGGAGCUGGAGUACCUCAUAUAUUACCAUGUGUGAGUUCAUUUCGACAUUCGCCCUUUAUAUCAAAGGUCACAGGCUUAAGUAGGCUUCAAUGAUCACAUUUGCCUUCUGGUGGAAAGAUACUAUCAGCUAAACUGAGACCAAAAGAUGAGAAAAGUGCCUCUUAAAGAUGGUUGAGGUUCAGAGAGCCUUUACUGUUCUGUUGUAUGUGCAGUGUUGUUCUUCUUCCUUCCCAUAGUGGCGACUAGUCGGUAAUCUGCACUUUUGAAGUCUGUGAGGAAUAUUUCAGAUGGAUCUCUUCCCCCAUUUGACCUGCUGGAAACAUCCCACCAUCCACCUUCCCUGAUCCCCUCUCUUGUAUGCAUACGGGAUCUCCCAGACAAAGCCAUGGGGGUCUCUGGAACCAUCUGCACAAUAGAAGAGUACAAUGAAACCAACGUAACAUUCAAACCUUAGAGAGGGAAUCAGUCAAGUGAUGGGGGUCAGAGUGAGAUGGAGACAAAAACUACAUCCAAUACUCAGUGGAAGCAUCAUCACAACUUUAUGGCCAAGGUCAUUUUGGGGAGCAGAAAGACCUCACAACCUUGUCUGAAAUCAUAACUUGAGCUGUCUCGGGUUGUCUAGAGUACUUGAAGUUUUGAGGGUGCCAUGACUACAUGACAGAGCCCAUGCUCUAGAGCCUUGGGCCGAAAAUAUGUCAUUGGGUCUUUGUAGUAGUGCUGUUUUACUGUUGAUCUCAGUGAGGUUGGGAUAUUUUCCUCAUCAUCUCAUAAUCAAGGAAAAAAUGAACAGCUGACAAUUAUGUUUUUUUCAUAUGAGAGAUACCAGGCAUAUGAUAUCAUGUUUUGUGCGUGUGGGUAUGUGUGCUCUAUUUUAGCCAUGCAUGGUACGUUCAAGAGUUAGUUUUUUAUUUGAAUCAGGGGACCUGAGGAAAGAGACUAUAUUGGGUCAUUUGAGUUGUCAUUGCCACAAUCACAGCAUCAGGGAAUUCUGUGCAGUAAAACACUGUGCUCACAGUUUGAGGAGACAUCUAGUGGUGUUUAUUGGAAACAACAUUGUUUUUUUCAGGGUCUUCCCUGAAAUAUAUAUAUAUAAUAUUCCAAACUUAAAAAUAAAUAAAUAAAAAACAGGAUUUAAAGUUAGUGACAGUUGAGUGCAAAGCCCAUUGUGAAUUGUUAAUUUACUGUUUUUUGUCUUUUGCCAAUUGUAGGGCAUCAGUUGUAUUAUAUUGUUUAUAAUUUAUUAGGUGUACUCUCAUAAUUCAUUAGAUACAGUUCAUUCAUAGUCUUUACAUAGGAAGCAAGUUCCCAUUGACACUGAUGCACUUCAAAUAUAGAAAUAGAAAAAGUACUUGAAUUUGUAAAUCAUCAACUUGAGAUUGAGCUUAAGUGUGUUUGUAUGCUCAGAUAUUAUGUUUCAGAAAUUUCAUCUCAAGAUUCAAAAGAUUCAUUUUAUCCUUUAUAAGUGGACAUUUUGAGUUGUUUUGUGUGUGUGUGUGUGUGUGUUUGUUUUUUUAAUUAAUGUUCUCCAUGGUCAGAUGGCAAUGCUCUUUGUGCCAAACUUGCAUACAGAUUUGUGUUCGCUAUGAGAAAAAGCCGCCAUUUAACUAAUCUGCAUCCUCAUAUUUAACAUCCAAGAAGGUUUUGAAUUUUAACUUUUACUGCCAUUAACUUGUCUUCAAGCAUUAGAGAGAUGUUCGUGGGGUUAAUUAUAAUUGCCUACAGACCUGAAACUGUAGCUCUUGUGCCAAAAGAUGCGUUGUAGUGGUGCUUGAAGGGAAGGUAGGUUAUUUUGAGUAUUUCGGUCGUCCCUUGGGCGCUACUGAGAGCUAAAGCCAGUAUCAUGGACACAGCAGCAGCAUCAUGGCCUUAAAGCAGGUUUUCCUCAUGCUUUUCUUUAAUUUUUAUAUUCCAAUUCCCAUUUUUGCACUCAAAAAUGUGAAGUACAAUUUUCUAGAAAUUGAUCCCUAGAUUCCCUAAACCAUUUAGAGCUGUAUGCUUCAGUACAUCAAGUAUUAUUGUACAAUCUUAUAAAGUAAAAUGGUUUUACACUGUAUAAGCACUUUGUACAUAGCUCAGAGAAUCUAUAUACAUAGACCUAUUUAAGAAUUGCAUUUUACCUGUUGUCGAAAUGCAAUCAUCAUUAGGCUUUGAUUUGUGGCCUCUUUUAUGUUUUUUUUUAUAACCCCAGAAAAAUUGUUAAUUUCUUAUGUUUGGUUGAAUGGAGAGAUGUGGUUAUUGAGGCACAACAUGCUGAUUCAUACUGUGCUAAGAGGCAGAGUACAAGCACUUGACAGCUUGCUUUGUUUGCAAGAUCUAGUCCAAGUCUGUUAUUAGCUAUAGAAGCCUUUCAUCCCUCACAAUGCUUUAACCUUGAAAGGAAACAGAAAUGGAAAAUAAUGUUUUGAACCAACGUCACUGAUACAGCCACUUUAUUUCCACUUCAAGAGCACCUUAGACCUUCUAUAGACCUACAACAUGAUGCCUAUAUGCAUCAUACUUAAAAAUUAUAUAUGCAACAAUUAUAUGUGUCUAAUUAGAUUGAUCAAUAUUAAUCUGAAAACUGAAGAACAGGACUGGGAAAAAUACAUAAAUUUGUGCAUGUCUGUGGGUGUCAGGU